AUGCAUUACAAUGUCCACAGCCCUUUAGACGUUCAAAUCCAGAUGCAGAACCUGAAGAGCUCGAAGCCAGAGAUUCCCACGCCUCGCCAUCAAUUCUAUUCCUGGCAGACAAUGAUGUCGAUGAGCUACCGUAUCUCAAAUGGAUUCGCCAAAGACUUGAAUGCCACAGCAACUCCAUCUAUCACUGAGACUGUAUCUGAGGAACCACCAUGUGGAGCCACGCAUGCUCACCGUCUACUCGCAGUCACUGAAGUUUGUCACGAUUGUGUCUCACUUACCACCAUACAACUCACCAUCAUUAGUGCUGUGAGAAGCCUGCAGGGCACCACACCAUAUGGCGCACCACAAGAUAUCGUCCUCGACAACCUUGUUAAGCUUGCACAUGCAACACCAAAUCAAUUCCUGUCAAAUGUAGCUUGGCUUCUUCAAGAGGCAUACUUGUUUUCGCCUUUGGAUGAUGGGCGUCUGGCAGCCACGCCCCCUCUUACUUGUAGUCGGUGGCUUGUAGACACCACCAUCAAAGACAUUGUGUACAUCAACCUGUCUCCAGCUGCCCGCAAAAUUCCAGAUUUGCAUAGGCUGUCCAUGUUCGUGGAGAUUGUUGUCCAACAUGGUCACAACGUCCUAUACCUCGAUGACGCAGAGCGGGGCAUGGCUUUGGCUGACUUUGUAAUUGGGCAACUCUGA